AUGCGACGCCGCCGCCGCGAGGCGAGCAAGGCCCGAAGCCAGGCGUGGAAGGACCCCAAGAAGCAGUGCGAGGCCAUCUACCACCACUUGAGCUGCUCCGAAUUCCCCUGGGAGUGCUUCUAUGCCAUCAACUUCGCCUUCUACCGCACCUUCGCCUCGCCCACCAUCUCGCGCCUCUACUGCUCGACCGGCAACAUCGCCAAGGCCGCCGGCAAGCGGGUAGCUGACACCGACAUCUUGAUGCACGCUUGGAUCGAUUUCGGAAUAGACAGCAGGAAGGGCCAAGAGUCGUGGGAGCACCUCAACCGAAUUCACGCUGUGUGGAAGAGGCGAACCAGCAAUCAGGACUUUGUCUACGUGCUCUGCUGUUUCAUCGUGGACACCAUUCGCUUCAUCGAUGUGUUCGGCUGGCGCAAGCUUACCUCACUGGAGCGUGAAGGCACUCCCGCCCUCUUGAUGUUGGGCGGCCUCCUCGGCCGGAGGAUGGAGAUAGAGGACAUCCCCGGCUCGCUCGAGGCAGCGUACCGAGUGGUCGAUGGCUACAUCGCGUCCAACAUCACAUCAGCCGAAACCAAAGACGGACGGGACCUCACCAACUCCAUCACCGACCUGCUGUGCCAAGGGCUCGUCUACAGCGGCGCGAGCGCGCUCCUGUCGAUCAUCGGCGGACCCACCUUCGUGCGGAAGGUGGGCCUAGGCGUAUCGUCCGCGGUCAUGACCCACGCGCUGCUCCUUCUGGGCCGCCUUCGCGCCGCAGCCUUGUCCUGCCUGCCUAUGCGCACAGAGCCGCGCCUUCUUUCGGAGAUCCUGAUGCAGGCGCACUACCCCAUGGCCGCAGCCGCUGCCGGCGGCGCGCCCACAAGUCGGCCACGCAGCGGCAAGCUGUUGGACUUCUCGCUGGUUGGACCGCGAAGCCGGAUCUCGCUCGAAGGACAGCACGUGGUGGUCGUGGGCCGCAGCAAACUGGUGGGCCUCCCGCUCGCCAACAUGCUCAUUGGAGGAAGGGACAGCGCAAAGGGAGGCCGGAAAGGACCGACGGUGACUGUCGUGCAUUCCGGCACGGUCGACAUUCACGUUCAUACGCGGAUGGCCGACAUCGUCAUCGUGGCGGCCGGCCAUGCGGGCUUGAUCACCGCUGACAGCGUCAAGCAGGGCGUCGUCCUCGUCGACGUGGGCAUCAACAACGUUCCCGACUCGUCGCGCAAGUCCGGCUACCGGUUGGUGGGCGACUGCACCGACGAGGCCUACCGGAAGGCCUCUCGCUACACGCCCGUGCCCGGCGGCAUCGGCCCCAUGACGGUGGCCAUGCUGAUGCGCAACACCUGGGAGGCGGCCAAGAGGCACGAGGGCCUGGCCCGACCGUCCCCCCUGUGA